GUCACUUCCAUUCAUUACCCUGUCCCCCACCGUACUCGGUACAAUUCAUUCAUUUCUCUCGUCAAUCAUUUUUCUUUUUCGCACUUUCUUGUUUCUUCUGGUUUUCCCAUCACAACCUUGCAAGUCCGCCAAAAAAAUGGAGACCAAUUUUCUCGGGGUCCGGGGAGGGCUUUCACCCGCCAUGAAUGCCCGGAAAGAAGAACUUUCCGGGGACGAUGAGGAGGAGACGUUAGACGGCGAAGAAGAGGAGGAAGACGAAAAGAACGAAGAGGGGAGGACUGGGGAGCUUCAUUUGUUGAAGAGGAAAAAGAAAAUAGAUCUGAUGAGUAGAGUCGGAGAGUUGGGGAAGAGGGCCGGCGGGUCGAGUUCCGGCGGCGGCGGAGGGGUGGCGCCGUCGGGGUGUGUGGUGGAGACGUGUGGCGCGGAUCUGAGCUUUGCGAAGGCGUACCACAAGAGGCACAAAGUGUGCGAAGUCCACGCGAAGGCCCCAGUUGUCUUUCUCAAGGGCGUUCCCCAGCGCUUCUGCCAGCAAUGCAGCAGAUUCCACGAGGUUACAGAAUUUGAUGAUUCAAAAAGGAGCUGCCGGAGGCGAUUGGCGGGGCACAACGAGCGGAGGAGGAAGGCGUUGUCGGAGAACCGCGGGGAGGGACCCAGUCGGAAACAGUUUGGAGAGGCUGUAUUGAAUGGCAGCGAGAUUGACGGAGACAGAACGCCCGUCACCUACAGAAAUUCUCCCCACAACAAUUUCCACAUUCAUUGACCUGGAACUUCCAUAAUCCCUACAGCUUUGCUUAUUAGUACUUGCUUGCUCUCUUCUGUCAUUAUCAAGUUAGCCCUCUUCUUUAAGAAUGAAUUGAACAAAUAUGCCUUUAUCUGUUCUAGUAUCAUAAAAUGUAAUGCCGUGGCAACUGCCAAGAUGAGCUACAUACAUUUGCUUCUGUGAUUGUGAUGACCUGUUUUUGGGUUUAGCCCUCAAAGAAACUUUAAGCGCUCAUUUAUUGACACCAUCUUUAUAUAAUACGUACGGAGUAGUAUAAAG